GUCGGGCCGCCGAUAAAGCGCGGGCCGCGGGCCCGGGAGCCAGCACCGGAGCAGAGCGGCGGCCUGCGCCGUCCGACCCCGCCGCUCCCGCCGUCCAGAACGCCGUCCACCAUGGCCACCUCGGCAAGCUCCCACCUGAACAAGGGCAUCAAGCAGGUGUACAUGGGCCUGCCGCAGGGCGAGAAGGUGCAGGCCAUGUACAUCUGGAUCGACGGCACGGGGGAGGGGCUGCGCUGCAAGACGCGGACGCUGGACUGCGAGCCCAAGUGCGUGGAAGAGCUGCCCGAGUGGAACUUUGACGGCUCGAGCACCUUCCAGUCGGAAGGCUCCAACAGCGACAUGUAUCUCGUCCCCGCCGCCAUGUUCCGCGACCCCUUCCGCAAGGACCCCAACAAGCUGGUGUUCUGUGAGGUCUUCAAGUACAACCGGAAGCCGGCAGAGAGCAACCUGCGGCACAGCUGCAAGAGGAUCAUGGACAUGGUGAGCAGCCAGCACCCGUGGUUCGGCAUGGAGCAGGAGUACACGCUCAUGGGCACAGACGGACACCCCUUCGGGUGGCCUUCCAACGGCUUCCCUGGGCCCCAAGGCCCCUACUACUGCGGCGUGGGGGCCGACCGGGCCUACGGCAGGGACAUCGUGGAGGCGCACUACCGGGCCUGCCUCUACGCCGGCAUCAAGAUCGCGGGGACCAACGCCGAGGUCAUGCCUGCCCAGUGGGAGUUCCAGAUCGGGCCUUGCGAGGGCAUCCACAUGGGAGACCACCUCUGGGUGGCCCGGUUCAUCCUGCACCGGGUCUGUGAGGACUUCGGCGUGAUCGCGACCUUUGACCCCAAGCCCAUCCCUGGGAACUGGAACGGCGCAGGCUGCCACACCAACUUCAGCACCAAGGCCAUGCGAGAGGAGGACGGGCUCAAGCACAUCGAGGAGGCUAUUGAGAAGCUGAGCCGACGGCACCAGUACCACAUCCGGGCCUACGACCCCAAGGGCGGCCUGGACAACGCGCGCCGCCUCACCGGCUUCCACGAGACGUCCAACAUCAACGACUUCUCGGCCGGCGUGGCCAACCGCAGCGCCAGCAUCCGCAUCCCCCGGACUGUGGGCCAGGAGAGGCGGGGCUACUUCGAGGACCGCCGCCCCUCGGCCAACUGCGACCCCUUCGCCGUCACGGAGGCCCUCAUCCGCACGUGCCUGCUCAACGAGACCGGCGACGAGCCCUUCCAGUACAAGAACUGAGCGCCCGCCGCCGCCCGCCCGCGCCUCCCCUGCCCGCUGUAGCCCCGAGCGGGGAAUAGCAAGGUCGUUCUGCCCCUCCGCCGGUCCAGCUCGCUGUCUUCUGCCGGGACUUGGGGGUCGGGCCCUGCCGUACCCCACACCCACCCCGCUGCGCUCCCUGGGCCACCUGUGCUGUCGUGGGGCGGGCUUGGGGUGUGGCCUCUGCGCCCUUCUUGGGGGCCUGGCAGGGCCAGGGUUGGGCACGGCUCCCCCCUUGGUGGGCUGGGGUCCCCCUUGGGGCAGCCGCGGGGGGCACACAGCUGUGCGUGAAUGGGUGGGUUUCCCUGCCUGCCGGGAGUCCUUGCUGUGUGGGCCCCGUGGAGAACCUUUUUGUAUUUAAGAGUAGAAACAGGUAGCGGGACUGGAGGCUGGGCCUAGGGGCAGCAGGGACGGGGUCUCCCUGCGCGUGGGGAGGGGUGCGGUGGGCGGUGCCCCGCCUGCUGGCCGGUCAGCCUGAGCGAGUCCCGACGGGCACCGGGUGCUUUCCGGUGGGAGCAGCUCUACUAAAGCAGGCCUUUUCAUACAUUAAAUUUUUUAAAAGCGAAACAAGUUUAGAUUUUAAUCACGUUUGUAGGGUUCCUCGGUCUAAUUUCGCAGACUUGCUGGUGGGCUGCCGGGUGGGCGGGAUCGCGAGCGCCCCUCCCCCGCCAUGCGGGCCUCCUGUCCUGGCCGCGGCGCUGGCCGAUUGCCACGCACACCGUGUUCAGCCUCAGAUAACUCGUUGUCAACAACUAACUGUGCAGAGCAGCGCUUAUAAAUCAGCCUAACGUCUACAA